UUGCAAAUCACCGUUCAACUCAAGCCAGGCUUUCGGCAAUCGCUAGCCGGCCCCACUUCCAAACCUCUCCGCGUCUUGUGCGUGCGGCGAGAUCCCUCGCGCGUGCAAGGACUCCCCAGUCCCUCACCACACCCCGCCUCAGUCGAUUGAACGGUUCCUCUGGACGCGGUGAGUAUUAAAGCGCGGGAGGACCGGCCGUUCCCUCACCACCCAUUGCCCCUCGCACGCAGCAGCGGCUCCUCACGUCCGUCCAUCCUUGUGUCUUUCCGACCGAUCCCUCACGAUCCGACUCGCCGGCAUCCCCGAGUUUGCCGGCUGCCAAGAAAAUGGGGCUCACGUUCACGAAGCUCUUCAGCCGCCUCUUUGCGAAGAAGGAAAUGAGGAUUCUGAUGGUCGGUCUCGACGCUGCCGGUAAAACCACGAUCUUGUAUAAGCUGAAGCUCGGAGAGAUUGUCACCACGAUCCCGACUAUUGGUUUCAAUGUAGAGACCGUUGAAUACAAAAACAUUAGCUUCACUGUUUGGGAUGUGGGUGGCCAGGACAAGAUUAGACCUCUGUGGAGGCACUAUUUCCAGAAUACGCAGGGCCUUAUUUUUGUUGUGGACAGCAAUGAUAGAGACCGUGUUGUUGAAGCUCGCGAUGAGCUUCACAGGAUGCUAAACGAGGAUGAAUUACGUGAUGCUGUUUUACUUGUGUUCGCAAAUAAGCAAGAUCUUCCAAACGCCAUGAAUGCUGCUGAGAUAACUGAUAAGCUUGGGUUGCAUUCCCUUCGUCAGCGUCACUGGUAUAUUCAGAGCACGUGUGCUACUUCUGGAGAGGGCCUGUACGAAGGGCUGGAUUGGCUGUCCAACAACAUUGCCAGCAAGGUAUAACAGGAAGCAUUAUAGAUGACAGCCUUCAGACGAUUUUUUCUGGCAUCCGUAGCAUAUCAUUUCAUGUUCCCCUUUCCAUUCUGUUAUUUGCUGGUUUUGUUCAGAAAGAAACUCAAUUAUAUUAAUGAAAUUGAUCUGUGUGGAUUGUA